GCGUCCUGGUUGCUAGGAAGUGUGUGUUCUGCGAAUAGCCGACCUGCUGAAUGAUAACGUUUGUUGGCUAGACAUGGCUGGGAAGAAAAGAGAAUCGUCAUUGCAGAUUGCACUCAGCAAUCAAGAACAAUGGGAAGAGGCCCUAUCAACCAAAGGACUUCAAGUGGUGGAUGUCUACCAGGCCUGGUGUGGUCCGUGCAAACCAACAGUCAGCUUAUUUAGAAAAAUCAAAAAUGAACUGGGGGAUGACCUUCUUCACUUUGCUGUGGCAGAAUCGGACACCAUUGAUUCACUUGUGAAGUACAGAGGGAAGUGUGAGCCCACCUUCCUUUUUCUUGCGGGAGGGGAGCUGGUGGCAGUGGUGAGAGGAGCCAAUGGACCUUUACUGCAGAAGACCAUAAUCGAGCAACUGGCAGCAGAAAAGAAAGUUUUGAACCAAGGCUCAGAGCGCCAUGUGAUUAAAGAUGAGGUUCUUCUGGAGGAAGAAGAUGAAAUUGUCCCUGUCCAAGCACAGACUGAGGAUGAAGAACUCGUCCCAUCCGGCAAAUCUUACACUGUGGCAAUUAUUAAACCAGAUGCAGUUGCACAUGGCAAAACAGAUGAAAUUAUAAUGAAGAUACAAGAAUCAGGGUUUGAGAUUUUGGCUAAUGAAGAACGUACAAUGACAGAAUCUGAAGCAAGAGAGUUUUACCAGCACAGAGCAGGAGAGGAAAAAUUCCAGGAGCUUAUACAGUUCAUGUCUAGUGGCCCAUGUCACAUCUUAAUUAUAUCUAAGUCGGAUGAAGAUGAGGAUGUGAUUCCAGCUUGGAGAGAAUUUAUAGGGCCAACAGAUGUCGAAAUUGCCAAAAAAGAAAAACCAGAAAGUCUGCGAGCUCAGUAUGGCACAGAAGUUUUGUAUAAUGCUGUACACGGGAGCAAUGACCGAGAACAAGCUAGCCGGGAGCUGGCAUUUUUCUUCCCCAAUUUCAAGAUUUCCAAUGAAUCACCGAAGGAAUUGACUUCAGUAAAACCAGAAAGAACAUUAGCACUGAUCAGACCAGAAAUCCUGAAGGAAAGGAAAGAUGAGAUUUUGCAAAGUAUUAAAGAUGCUGGCUUCAGUAUAGCAAUGCAGAAAGAGGUAAUGCUGACUGAGCAUCAAGUUCAGGAGUUCUACAAAGAACAUAUUAAUGAGGACUAUUAUCCAGCUCUUCUUAAGCAGAUGACCAGUGGUCCUGUAUUAGCCCUGGCACUGGUGAAAGACAAUGCAGUGGGUCACUGGAGGAAUAUGCUGGGCCCUGCCUCAUUAAGCCAAGCUUUGAGUGAAGCACCAGACAGUUUGCGAGCUCAGUUUGCUCCCAGUGACAGUGAGACUAACCAGCUACAUGGCAGCUCAACAACAGAAGAGGCCAAGAAGGAGAUCAACUUCUUCUUCCCAGUAGAGCACACUCUAGCAACAAUCAAACCAGAUGCAUUAGAGGAACACAGAGAUGAAAUCUUAGAGCAGAUUCAAGGGGCUGGAUUUACCAUCUCUCAGAUUAAGGAGGCAAACUUGAACAGAGAGAUGGCUGAAGAAUUUUACAAAGAACACAAGGGGAAACCAUUCUUUGAACAGCUUGUUAAUUAUAUGUGCAGGGGUCCAUGUUUAAUGAUGAUCCUCAGCAAGGAGAAUGCAGUGCAUGAGUGGCGGUCACUUAUGGGUCCCACAGAUCCAGCCGAGGCUCAGAAAGUUUUGCCUGAUUCUCUGAGAGGCAAAUUUGCAAAGAGUAUUCUGCAGAAUGCAGUCCAUGGCUCCUCCAACAGUGACCAUGCAAUGGAAAAGAUAAAGUUCAUUUUUGGAGACAUUGACCUGGAUCGGAUUGUUCAUGAAUCAUUUGGUGAAACACCAGAGACCAGUGCAAGCGAUAUCAGUAGGAAUGCAGCUGCACAAGGAGAUUACCCUGAACAAGAUGAGAGUAAAGAGAUGGAAGAGUGAGCAAUUUCCCUCCAAAUAAAUUCCUGCGUUAUCAUUCUUAGCAGUCAACCGAUAUAUUACAUGGAUGUGUAAAUAGAUUUAGGAUUUUCGCCAUUAAUGUAACAACAAACUGUAAAUGAAAAGUCUAUGAUUGUAUGUCUUGUCUAGAAUGGUUUGUUCCAGAAAGGAAUAACCUAGAUAAAGCACAGAAAGUUGUUGUCUUCAGACAGAGAGUAUUGGGAUUCUGAAUAUGCAAUCAAAUAUAUUCUCCAUUACUUGCAACUGAGCACUUGCAAGCCCCAUAUUUAGCUCUGGCCUGUAUUCUUCAAUGCAGACAGAGCUGCAACAAACCAGCGUUGCAAGGGAAAAAUAACAGUAUUCACAAGAGUCUCUGCAAAUACAAUGGAACUUCAAUUUUGCAUUCCCCUAAUUUUACACAGGUUUGUUUUGUGGUCCUACCAAUUUAUAACGCAUUAUGCAUGUCACUGAUUUUACAUUUUCCUGGAUUUUUUCUGGUCCCCUGAAAAAAAAGAAAAUGGGAGUUGUACAGUACUGGAUAACAUGAAGGCUUCCAUAGGAUACUGGACAGCAUUACACUGGUUAAACAUCACUGUAGAAUCCCAUCUGGAAUGAACCUCAGGAUUGAGUGGAUAUCUCAUUUAUUACAAAACACAUGGCAUAUAGCCUUGUACACUGAUCAACUUUUCUCUUGAAGGUGAAAUAUUUCUGUAUAUUAUACAGUAUUUCCAUUUUCUUGAUUUUAGCCCGACUGUACAUUCAUAUGUAUAAUAACUGAAAUAAAGAGUCAAGGCUGA